UCCACCUCCGUCAUAGCGCUGCGGACUGACCGUUACUAACGGUUACACCGGCCGUUACUAACCGUUAGACCGGCUGCCCGGUCAGACGGAGCUAACGGCGAGCUAACCGGGUUAGCACACUGACCGUUUCACGUCUCGGGGAGGAUCUCUGCAUCAGUUAAAAGUGUCAACAGCUUCAAAAUGAGCUCAGAUCUUCCUCAUCCUCAUCCUCAUCCUCACCGCUCCUCUCUGACCGCUCUGUCAGUCUGUCGGCAUGAACUCUUAUGAUGAUGUACUGAUGAAGGAAUCUAUCAAGAUGAUGACUGAUAUGAUCGUGCUGUGUGUCACUUUGGCACUCUCCCUUUUCUUCUGGAUCCUCUCCCUCACCAUCAGCACGUAUUAUGGAACGCUGCAGCCUGUGUCACCGUGGCGAUGGCUGUUCUCAAUCCUGGUUCCCUUGAUGCUGACGGUCAGAGCGCUGAAGAGAGGCAGCCUGAGCCACUCAGGAGCCCUGGGAGCUCUCCUUGUAGGUUUUGUGUUGACGAUGGCCAACUACAGCUUCUUCUCCUCUCUGCUCGCCUUCUUCAUCACCUCCUCCAAACUGACCCGCUGGGGAGGAGCGCAGAAGAAGAAAAUAGACGCAGAAUACAAAGAAGGGGGCCAGAGGAACUGGGUCCAGGUCUUCUGUAACGGAGGAGUUCCCACAGAGCUGGCACUGCUUUAUAUGAUAGAGGUGGGUCCAGGUGAGAUCCCCAUUGACUUCAGCAAACAGUACUCGGCCUCCUGGAUGUGCCUGUCACUGCUGGGCGCCAUGGCGUGCAGCGCCGGGGACACCUGGGCCUCAGAGGUGGGGCCCGUCCUCAGCCAAUCACAGCCCAGACUCAUCACAACCUGGAAGGAAGUCCCAGCAGGAACAAACGGGGGAGUCACCACUGUGGGACUGGUUGCCAGCUUCCUGGGUGGCUUCGCGGUGGGCGUGGCUUACUACGCAACGCAGCUCCUCCUGAUCUCUGACCUGCACCUGGCCGACCCCCAGUGGCCCAUCAUGGUUUAUGGCGGCGUGGCCGGCCUGCUGGGGUCCAUGCUGGACUCCUUCCUUGGAGCUCACAUGCAAUACUCAGGUUUCGACUCGAGCAUCGGGAAGGUGGUGAGCUACGAGUCGGCCACCACUCGGAGGAUCUGUGGGAAACCGAUCCUGGACAACAACGCCGUCAACCUGUUCUCUUCGGUCCUGGUGGCGCUGGUCCUGCCCGGGCUGGCGUGGGGCAUGUGGCCCCGGUAGACCAACAACCAUCAUCUGAGGCUUCAAUAUUAAAGACACUGGUAGUAAUCUGAUGAUCGUUAGUGAUCUCACAAGCUUAAUGACACGCUCUCUGCCUGAAUGAAUCAUGUUGGACAGAGGAAAAUAAAUCAUGAAAACUCUUUGUAGUGUUUCAUACAAUAACUCAACUAUGUCCUACAAAUUAAUGCACACGUUGUUUGGAAAUUAUUUUCCUGAUACUGAGAAUUAGGGGUGAAACGAUUCUCCAAGUGCACGGUUCGAUUUUUAUACUAAAUUAAUUCGUUAAUUUAGUAAUUUAACACAAAUGGUUUCUGUUUCAGAACUGUUUCAUAUCAUACCUACCCAAUCUUUUUAUCCAUUAUCAGGUUUGACCCUUCAAAUGUCAAGUUUGUUUUCUGUUUUUAAUGGUUUGGUUUAAUGUUUUUAAUUUCUUUUUUUAAUUUCACAGCCGAAAAGUUGCAACAAAGUUGAUUUUGAUGCAUUUCAUUUUUUUGUGUAGUCAG